AUGUUUUCAACAUCAUCCUCAUCAUGGAAGCUGGCACUAGUAACAGUACUGUCGACGCUCCAACUCGCAACAGCACAUUUCCAGAUUCAAUAUCCUUCGUGGCGCGGUAACACUCUCAAAGAUGAUAUGCAAUGGAACUAUCCCUGCGCCGGUGUUCCAACAACCAACAAUCGUACCAACUGGCCGAUAACUGGUGGUGAUAUCUCGAUUAUUCCAGGAUGGAAUGCCGGGCAUCCGACAGCGUUCUUCUAUGUCAAUAUGGGUUUUGGAUCAACACCACCGAACAUGACGAACAUCAUGUUGCCAGUAUUCCAGAUGACGGGGCCGAGCAAGAAUCCAUACCCGGGCAGCUUCUGUCUGACACAGGUCCCACUGCCGACGAACGCGAGUGUUAAGGUCGGCGAUAAUGCGACAAUCCAGGUGAUUCAGGUCGCACUACAUGGAGCGUCGUUGUACAAUUGUGCGGAUAUCACGUUUGUGAACCCAGAAGAUGCGGACCCGAUGCCAGAGGGAAUGUGCCAGAAUUCGUCGACUAUCGGGUUCAACAUGGUGUAUACUACCCGGUCUGGAGCCAUGGCCAAUUCGCUUAUUGAUAAGAACACAAUGCUCACCGUGAUCAUUGGAGGGUUGGUACUGGGAUGGUUUUUGUAA